AUGGCAUGCGAGCAGGGAAAGUUGGCAGACUUCAAAGGGAAAACAUUGGAAGAGAUUACCAUAGAGCCCAGAGAAACUGUUCAGACAAUAACAGAAGAGUGGGAUGAUGAAGAAGAGAGUCUGAAUGAAGAGUCCAUUGAGGCCAGUGGAUCCAGCUCCUCUGUGAGUCGUAUGACAAGUCAAGAAGAUUAUGACUCAUCGGUGCCACCGAGCCAAUUCAGUGCAGAUGUUUCAGAAUCAAGUUCAUCUUCAGAACUUUUGCUGCAGCCUUCUGACUCAGACUCAUCAGUGCGACCCCAGCGCUGUUCCACCCCAAGACGAUCAUCAGCUUUUAAACCUUCAUCUUCAUCAUCAGACAGCAGAGUCUCACAAAGAUCAACCAGUUCAGCAGAAAAGAAGCCUAAAACAACUCAUUCAGGUAUGGAAUGUAAGGGUUCAUGUCUGCCUUCAUGGUUUCCUGUUAGUUAG